AUCAUCUCAAAGCCAAAGAAAGGAAGAAAAUGUGUGGAGGGGCAAUCAUCUCCGAGCUUAUCGCCGGAAAACAUGGCCGGAAGCUGACGAAGGAAGACCUCUUAUCGGAAUUCGAAGCCAUCUCCGAUCUCCUCGGCUUCGAUUUCGGUGAAAAAGACGACUGCUCCACUGAAUUUAAAUCAGCCGAUGAGCCCAAGCAACGAACCGAAGGUACGAUUGAGAAAAAUGAAAAGACAAACUCGGUUGCAGAAGCAUCAGAUGCUGGGAAAGGAAAGAGCGAGAAAGGAAGAGGAGGAGCAAAAGUUAGGAAGAAUAUAUACAGAGGCAUCAGGAAGAGACCAUGGGGCAAAUGGGCGGCUGAGACGCGCGACCCACGAAAGGGAGUUCGUGUUUGGCUGGGCACUUACAAUACCGCCGAAGAGGCUGCCAUGGCAUAUGACGAAGCGGCAAAGAGAAUCCGAGGUGAUAAGGCAAAGCUGAACUUCCCACAACAACCACCUUAUCAACCACAACCACCUCCACCUGUUCCAGUUGCCGCACCUGCCAAGCGGCGCUGCCUGGAACCAGAGUAUGGCGAGAAGGGCUUAACAGAGCCACCACCGCCGGCGGCAUUUAAAGAGGAAGUAGUAACUAAACCGAGCGAGGAUGCUGAGCUGAAGAUAAAAGAGCAGAUUUCAAGCUUGGAAUCGCUUCUGGGUCUACCUCCCGAGUCUUCUGAAUCGGAGGUGAGCACUAAAGAUCAUUGGGAUGGAGUGGGUGAUGGACUUUGGCUGUGGGACGACGUCCUCGUAACUGCUCAUGAUCUCGUUUAGAAACUCAGUCACUACUACUACUACUAUUCCCUACUAGG